AUGCCUCACACUGUGUCGCCUUCUGACACUCCCGUCAUGCCGACUGUCGUCGCCAAGGGCCCCUCUGGGGUGCCGCCCACCACGGAAGAGAUUUCAUCGAUCCUAGACAGCAUUUUCAACGCAGAGACCUCUCAGCAGUCCCUCGAUGGCGCCUACGCGGUCGCAAACGUACUCAUCCAAAGCGUCGGCACCGCUGGCCUUCUCACCUCCAAUGUUUUGGCCGAAGCGAAGAAGGCUGCCACCGAUAAGAAGAACGGAGCCCGCCGUGAAAGCGCAAUGUUGAUCUUCGGCGCCCUCUUCGAGCGGUUCCCCCAAGAGUUCCCUCUCAGUGAGGUCGUCUUUCUUCUCCACAACGGCGGUGUCCUGAAUGUCGUACUGGACUCGCUUGCCGAUAAGGGUGCCGUCGUCCGUGACGCGGCUCAAUAUGCGAUCGACGCUCUGUACGGAUGCAUGAGCCCCGAAGCCAAAGCCAACGCACUGCUCCCGGCUCUGGAGUCGUACCUUAGCACCGGCACCGGCAAGUGGCAAGGAUACGUUGGUGGCUUCAAGCUCCUUGAGAAGAUGGCUGCUGGCGCCCAGAUGGGCAAUGGCACCAAGGAAGAGGAGAACGAGAAAGAAGUGCUGCGCGAGGCCAUGGGCAAGACUCUCAAAGAGUUGAUCCCGAUCGUCGAGUCCGGUAUGCACGAUCUCAAGGCCGACGUUGCCAAGCAGGCCACCAAGGCCAUGACUACCAUGACCACCCUCUUGUAUAACGACGAUGUUGCCCCGCGUAUUCCUCUUCUCAUCAAGACCAUGGAGCAGCCUUCCCCCCAAACUCUCCAGAAAGCCAUCCAUGCACUCUCACAGACUACCUUCGUCGCCAUCGUGACCUCUCCCGUCUUGGCGCUCCUCACCCCGCUGCUCGAGCGCACAUUGAAUGCCCCGACCACUCCCCAAGAGACACUUCGUCAAGCCGUCGUGGUCGUUGAGAACCUGACGAAACUUGUUCACGACCCCGCCGAGGCUCGUGUUUUCCUGCCUAAGCUUCAACCAGGUAUUAAGGCCAUCAAAGACCGUGCCUCUCUCCCCGAAGUUCGUGAAUUGGCGACACGUGCUCUCGAUGUCAUGGAGAAGGCCAUGAAGGACAACGAUGUGGCAGCUGGCUCUGUCUCCAAGACCACCCCGGAGGAGGUCUUGGCUGUGCUGGAGCCGAAGAUCCAGGAGCAUGCUGGUUUUGUCAGCUUUGGAGAUAUUGCCUUCUCUAACCUGGCGAAGAACUUCAUUGCUGGCAUGGUUCGGGAAGAUAUCAACUGCCGCAAGAUUGACCGAAUCUCGGCUUGCAUUGGUCCCUAUUUACGUGGUCUGGUGCCCAGUGAACAAGCUACCACGAUCGCCGCUGCUGUGCAGGAGCACUUCCUUGCAGAAGACGAGCGGAAGUUCGGCAAGCCCGUUCAGACCGACCCCAAUGAGAUCGUCAUCGUGGACGCCAAUUUCUCUCUGGCCUACGGUGGUAUGCUGCUCCUUUCUCACACCAAUUUGCGUCUCGUGAAGGGUCAUCGUUAUGGCCUCUGCGGUCGUAAUGGUGCCGGCAAGUCCACACUUAUGCGCAGCAUUGCCAACGAGAAACUGGAGGGCUUCCCUCCUGCCUCUGAAGUGCGCACUUGCUUUGUCGAGCACAACCAAGGCGAGGAUGCUGAUCUCAGCAUCUUCGAGUAUGUUGCCAAGAACCCCGAGAUCGCCGCUCAGGGUGAUGAGAACAUUCGCUCCGUCCUGCUCGAGUUCGGUUUCACUGAUGGCCCCGAGGGCCGUCAGUCGCAACCCGUGGGAUCACUGUCUGGUGGUUGGAAGAUGAAGCUUGCUUUGGCCCGUGCCAUGCUCCUGAAGGCCGAUGUGCUGCUUCUUGACGAACCUACUAACCACUUGGACGUUGCCAAUGUGAAGUGGUUGCAAGAGUAUCUAAAGAAGCACACCGAGAUCACCAGUCUCAUUGUCAGUCACGAUUCUGGAUUCCUUGACGAGGUUUGCACCGACAUCUACCACUACGAACAGAAGAAGCUUGUUUGCUACCCCGGUAACCUGGCUGCCUUUGUCAAGGUGAAGCCCGAAGGAAAGAGCUAUUACACCUUGUCUGCUUCCAACGUGCAGUUCAAGUUCCCGGCCCCUGGGAUCCUGUCCGGAAUCAAGUCCAACACUCGCGCCAUUCUCCGCAUGUCCAACUGUUCAUUCACCUACCCUGGCGCCUCCAAGCCUUCUUUGAGUGAGGCCUCCCUUUCGCUCACUCUCUCCUCUCGGACAGCCAUCAUUGGUGGAAACGGUGCUGGAAAAUCUACUUUCAUCAAGAUUCUGACCGGUGAGGUUGUUCCUCAGUCCGGAAAGGUCGAGAAGCACCCCAACCUGCGUAUUGGCUACAUCAAGCAGCAUGCCUUGGAGCACGUUGAGAUGCACUUGGAGAAGACCCCCAGUCAAUAUCUCCAGUGGCGUUAUGCCAACGGUGAUGACCGUGAGGUGUUCCUGAAGCAGACCCGUAUUUUGACUGCCGAGGACAAAGCCCAGCUCGAAAAGCCUGUUGACCUUGGCGACGGUCGUGGCGCCCGCCGUAUCGAAGCUCUCAUGGGUCGUCAGAAGUGGAAGAAGUCCUUCCAGUAUGAGGUGAAGUGGGUUGGUCUCCUUCCCAAGUUCAACACCAUGAUCUCCCGUGAGACUCUCGAGAAUCUUGGCUUCACCAAGAUGGUCCAGGAAUUCGAUGAUCACGAGGCUUCCCGUGAAGGUCUAGGAUUCCGUGUUCUCGAACCCAAGACCAUCUCCAAGCACUUCGAGGAUGUCGGCCUCGACCCGGAGAUCGCCAAUCACAAUGAAAUCUCCGGUCUCUCUGGUGGUCAGAAGGUCAAGGUCGUUUUGGCCGGUGCCAUGUGGAACAACCCUCACUUGCUUGUGCUGGACGAGCCCACUAACUUCUUGGAUCGUGACUCCCUUGGUGGUCUGGCUGUUGCCAUUCGUGAUUUCAAGGGUGGUGUUGUCAUGAUCUCUCACAACGAAGAGUUUGUGGGUGCUCUCUGUCCCGAGCAGCUGCACGUUGCCGACGGCCGAGUUGUGAGUCGUACCAACGCUGCUAUUGCUUUGGAUCGCUUCGAGGAUAGCGCUGCCAAUUCGCCCACCGGCAGCGGUACCCCUGCUGGUGUCUCUGCUGCUGCCUCUGCCAACACCAGUGCGGCACCAUCGGCUGUCAACUCUGGUGCCGAGGACCAGGGUGAAUUGAAGUUCCGUGCCAAGAAGAAGAAGAAGUUGACUCGCGCUCAGCUGAAGGAUCGUGAGGCUCGCCGCCGUCUCCGUCACAUUGAAUGGCUGAACUCUCCCAAGGGCACUCCCAAGCCCGUGGACACUGACGACGAAGCAUGA